AUGAAAUAAGCUAAUCUCAUUGAAUUUAGUGUUGAAGAUCCUUCAUUGAAGCCACUUCUCAAAGAAAAUAAUUAGAAUCCUGUGUUUACUAAAUCUUUGCUUAUUAAAUUUAACUUUGCAAAUAUUAGUGAAGUUGUUAUUAGUAAAUAUCAUUCUUAGAUGAUGUUUAGAAUUAAAUCAGAAACCUAGAAAUAUUAUAGCAAAACUAUGCAACCUUUCGUAAUAAUAGACUCAAUCAAAUUAAUAUGAUUUAGAGUAUAUAAAAUUUUGCUAUGUUACUAAUGAGAAUCAAAAAGUCAUUUAUUGUAGCUCUGUUAACACAAAUCAAGUAACAAUAAUAGUUAGCAAUAAGCUCUAUACAAAUCUCCUAAUAAAUCAAGAAUAGAAUGAUGUAGCUUUUUAUAGCAUCUAAAUAUAUGGUUAGGAACAAGCCCCUAAAGCAAAAUAAGGUUUUUUGGAUAAGUUCUUUUUUUAACCAUUUUCUAAUGGUACACACAAUCACCAUAAAAAUACAAAUAAAGUUCAGGAAGAAAGAAGGAUAUAGGAAGUGAAUAAAAUUGCAUAGAAAGAAAAAAUGGAACUUGAAAAAGCAGUUGAAAAUAGUUUCCUUAGUGCUCAAUACGAAGAGAUGAAUCAGAAAUAAAUCAUAGAGUCUAUCAAAGAUGCCAAAUAAUUUUAGUAAAGAUAAGUAUAUCAAUUUCAAGAAGAUGGACAAAUGGGCUAGGAGAUUUUGAUGGAAAACAAUAAUUUAUAGAAAUACUAAUAUGAAGGGAAGAAAUAGCCUAAAGUGAGGAGUGAAAACUUUGGAUAUACUGAUAAGAAAAGUGUUCCUGAUUUUGGAUUUAAAGGAAAUGCUCAAGAAAAAUAAGGAUAAAGUAGUGAUGAUCCAAUAAAAAUAUAUUUUAUGACAAAGUAUAAAGCUGAUGAUAUUAAUGAGGCUUUUAUGAAUAUGCAUUAUUUAUGUAGAAUCAUAUGAUAAUUAGUAGUGGAGGAAACAGGUGGAGUGAAGAGAGUUCUAAAAAAUGUGAUGUAUAAUUGA